UAAUGUAAAAUAAAAAAAUCCCUUUUUAUGCGUCCCUCCGCAAGAGGUCUCUAUAGUCUUCCUUGCUGGCUCGUAACGGCAAUAGCAACAGGUUCCAGUUGAAUCACUUGACAAAGGAGAACGAGUUGCAAGGACAUCUGAGAGAGACGUAAUUCGAUCAGAUUUAAAUUGAGAACAGCUUAGAAUAAAAAUAAAUUGGAGAAAAAUUAAAAAAAUAUAUAAAUUGGAGAACAAUUAAAAAAAAUAUAUAUUUAUUCUAUAUAGAGUUAGUAAUAUAAAGACUGAACAAUAUGCCUUCUCAAGAAGAUCCAAGUAAUGGACGUAUGGCAAAUUUUAAAUUUACCAAUAGACUUGACGAAGCACGAAGGCGAAGGAACAUAGUAUCUGUGGAGCUACGUAAAGCCAAGAAAGAAGAACAAUUAUCGAAGCGACGUAAUCUCAACACAGAAGAGGAGGCAUUGAAUCUAUCAUGUGAAGCCAUUUCGCCCAAUUUUUCAUCCAUAGACGAUAUUGUGGCGGGAAUGAAAUCACCGGACGAAACGAUACAACUGCAAGCGACACAGACUUGCAGAAAGUUGCUGAGUCGGGAGAAGCAUCCUCCGAUAGAGACUAUGAUAAAUCGUGGCAUAGUACCACGCUGCGUUGAACUUUUAAAUUGCGAUCAUAAUGUCGCUUUACAAUUCGAAGCAGCAUGGGCAUUAACCAACGUAGCUUCUGGUACAUCCGAACAAACGGAAGUCGUUAUAAAAUACGGAGCUGUACCGCGCUUAGUGAUGCUGCUGAAAUCACCAUCGCCUAAUGUCGCCGAGCAAGCGGUAUGGGCUCUGGGAAAUAUAGCCGGGGAUGGACCUAUUGCGCGCGAUCUUAUUCUUGGACAUGACGCUAUGCCUCUUCUGCUCGAUUUAAUAAAACCAGAUACUUCUGUGACAUUUUUGCGCAAUAUCACUUGGACAUUGUCUAAUUUAUGCCGAAACAAAAAUCCACCUCCGUCGUUUAAUAUAGUUAAAACUGCUCUUCCAACGUUAAAUCGUCUGCUUACCAAUCCAGAUCAAGAUAUACUUGCUGAUGUUUGUUGGGCACUGUCUUAUCUUACUGAUGGAACUAACGAUAAGAUACAAGCAGUAUUGGAUAGUGGCAUUGUACCUAAACUUGUAGCAUUGCUCACAUCGAAAGAAGGAACUGUCCUCACUCCAGCGUUACGUACAGUUGGAAAUAUAGUGACUGGUGAUGAUGCUCAGACCGAUUCCAUAAUUGUGGCGGGAGGCUUAGCGCAUCUUUGUAACUUGUUGAGUCAUCCGCGGAAGAACGUUGUGAAAGAGGCCGCUUGGGCAAUCAGUAAUAUCACAGCCGGCAAUACGGAACAAAUUCAACGUGUGAUAAAUGCCGGAAUAUUGACGCCAUUAAUUCAUGUACUUCAAACUGGAGAUCUUAAAACACAAAAGGAGGCUGCGUGGGCUGUAACCAACUUGACGUCAGGUGGAUCGAUUCAACAGCUAGCUAAUCUAGUACAGGCGAACGCAUUACCAUCUCUUUGUAACUUAUUGGAUACAAAAGAUUGGGGUAUUACUAUUGUCGUCUUAGAUGGUUUGUCGAAUAUCUUACAAGCUGCUGAGAAAAUGGGCCAAGUUGAUCAAGUCGCCAUGAUAAUAGAGGAAACCGGAGGAUUAGAUAAAUUGGAAGCUCUUCAACAUCAUGAGAACGAGCAGAUUUACCACAAAUCUAUGUCUAUAAUCGACUUAUUUUUCUCUGGGGAUGACGAACAAGUGGAUCUUGCUCCUGCGGCAAAUAAUGAGGGACAGUUAGAAUUUAAAGCAUCGGAGGACAAAUCGACAAACUUUCAAUUUUGAACGUGUAUACAUCACACAUCUGGAAAAAAUGUCGCAAGUAAAGAAACUUGUAAAUACGUACGAGACUUGAUUCAUAAUCAGUUCAUAUUGUCAAGUCAUAUUGUAUAAUCAUAUCAUGUUUAAUCUUAUAAUAAUGUAUAGAUAGAAUCAUGAUUUACCGUGAAAAUAACUGUUUUUUCGGCAAAAAACGCAAGUUUUUAUCACUAUAUCGUUUCGCAAAUAUCACUAUGAUUUAGCAAUUCGAUAUAAUCUUUCAUUGAUUCUUUGAUUUUUAUUAUCUCUCAUAAUUCUUUAUAUUGUAUUCUUUAGAUAUAUGUAAUAUCGUAUUGUUAUUUAUAAAUUUAAUUUCUCAGAAUUUUCAGUACUUAAAUGUAAUUUUUUGAAUACUAAAAGUGUUUUGAAUUAAGAACGAUUGAACUUUUUUCUGUAGCUUAAUCGCAAAAGAAGAAAUAAUGCAGCUUGAUUUCAUUUUAUAUUCCUCUUUAUAAAAAAAUAACUAUACGAAUCUUGUGAGUUUUCUCUAAAUUCGAUAUGUUUACACAAUUACUCAAUCAUUAUUUUACUCAUUGAUUCAUAAUUCAUUUCAUAUAUGAUGGGAUAUUGAUAAGGAAAUAUUUCGGUAACAUCUGCGGAUAUCAACAACUGAUCUAUUAUUAUAUCGUUAUAUAUCGUCUAUUGUACACAUAUUCUGUAAAAAGAGGAACUCAGUAUUUACGUUUUGCUAUGUAUUUUUUAUAAUAAAAUGUCAAUGAGUGCAUAAAUAAAA